GGCAGCAGGAGCAGAGAGCAGCCAUUGCUGUGUCUGGCAGCAGCAGGAUUACACCAUAGUGAAGAAGACAUUCGGUGAGCAUGAGAACCCCAGCAACCAUCCUCGUGUUGCAGGUGGACUAAGCAGGACCUAGAGCCCCAUCACGGUGCCUCCACCUCACUUACUGACUCACUGAUACAUAAGAGACACAAUGACCAGAAGAUCCUGGAACUCACCAACAAGAUCAUUCAGCUGCUGACUGUAGAGGAGGGGGAGUAUAUAGAGGAACACAGGGGUCUGUACAAGGACGUGAUGAUGGAGAAUCACCAGCCCCUAACAUCACUUGAUGGGCCCAGUAACAGAGAUACCCCAGAGAGAUGUCCCCGUCCUCUGUAUUCCCAGGAUUGUACAGAGGAGAAUCACAGGACCCCACAGGAGGAUCAGUACAUGACUGAUAUGAAGGCAGAAGAUAUAGAGGGAGAAGAAGAGACGUAUGUGACUGAUAUGAAGACAGAAGAAAUAGAGGGAGAAGAAGAGACGUAUGUGACUGAUAUAAAGGCAGAAGAUAUAAAGGGAGAAGAAGAGACGUAUGUGACUGAUAUGAAGGCAGAAGAUACAGAGGGAGAAGAAGAGACGUAUGUGACUGAUAUAAAGGCAGAAGAUACAGAGGGAGAAGAAGAGACGUAUGUGACUGAUAUAAAGGCAGAAGAUAUAGAGGGAGAAGAAGAGACGUAUGUGAGGGGUGAUCAGCAGUGUAAGGAGGAGGAGAUCCCUACAGAUAUCAGCACAGCAGGUGGACACACGAGCAGGAAUAUCUCAGAAGGACAUCUAAUGUUAUCCCCGGAUUGUGAAAUAAAAGAUAGCGACAGACAGGAUUCUCCAGGAGAUAACCCCAUUACCCCAAUUAUACAUCCAGCUCUAUCAGCUGAUCCCCCUGAUCCUGGGAAAUGUUCUCCUGAUCACUCUGAUAUUGGAGCAUCUGUUACAGCUCUGACAGUAGAUACAGUGUUUCCGUGUUCUAUAGAUGCCAAAUGUUUUACACAGAACACAAAGCCUAUUACCCAUCAGCCAGCUAAGGCAGGUGAGAAGCCAUUUCCAUGUUCUGAGUGUGGAAAAUGUUUUACAUACAAAUCAGCUCUUGUUACACAUCAGAGAAGACACACAGGUGAGAAGCCAUUUUCUUGCUCUGCAUGCGGGAAAUGUUUUACCCGGAACUCACAACUUGUUACACAUCAGCAAAGUCACACAGGUGAGAAUCCAUUUCCAUGUUCUGAGUGCGGGAACUGUUUUACAUACAAAUCACUUCUAAUACAUAAGAGAAUACAUACAAGUGAGAAACCAUAUUCCAGUUCUGAGUGUGGGAAUUGUUUUACAUACAAAUCAUCUCUUGGUGCACAUAAGAGAAGUCACACAGGUACAUCACCAUUUCCAUGUUCUGAGUGUGGGAAACAUUUUGCACAGAAAUCACAACUUGCUAGACAUCAGAGAAGUCACACAGGUGAGAGGCCAUUUCCAUGUUCUGACUGUGGAAAAUGUUUUAUCUGGAAAUCACAACUUGUUAGACAUCAGCUAAGUCACACAGUUGAGAGGCCAUUUUCUUGCUCUGAGUGUGGGAAAUGUUUUACACAGAAAUCAUAUCUUGUUAUACAUCACAGAAGUCACACAGGUGAGAAGCCAUUUCCAUGUUCUGAGUGUGGGAAAUGUUUUGCAGACAAAAUAGAGCUUGUUAGACAUCAGAGAAGUCACACAGGUGAGAAGCCAUUUUCUUGCUCUGAGUGUGAGAAAUGUUUUUCACGGAAAUCGCAACUUGUUAGACAUCAGCUAAGUCACACAGGUGAGAGGCCAUUUCCAUGUUCUGAGUGUGGGAAAUGUUUUGACCGGAAAUCAGAUCUUGUUAAACAUCAGAGAAGUCACACAGGUGAGAAGCCAUUUUCUUGCUCUGAGUGUGGAAAAUGUUUUACACAGAAAUCACAUCUUGUUAUACAUCACAGAAGUCACACAGGUGAGAAGCCAUGUCCAUGUUCUGAGUGUGGGAAAUGUUUUGCAGACAAACCAGAUCUUGUUAGACAUCAGAGAAGUCACACAGGUGAGAAGCAAUUUUCUUGCUCUGAGUGUGGGAAAUGUUUUGCCCGGAAAUCACAACUUGUUAGACAUCAGCUAAGUCAUACAGGUGAGAAACCAUUUCCAUGUUCUGAGUGUGGGAAAUGUUUUGCACACAAAUCAGAUCUUGUUAUACAUCACAGAAGUCACACAGGUGAGAAGCCAUUUCCAUGUUCUGAGUGUGGGAAAUGUUUUAGACAGAAAUCACAUCUUGUUACACACCAGAGAAGUCACAUAGGUGAGAAACCAUUUUCUUGCUCUGAGUGUGGGAAAUGUUUUACACUGAAAUCACAUCUUGUUGUACAUAACAGAAGUCACACAGGUGAGAAACCAUUUUCUUGCUCUGAGUGUGGGAAAUGUUUUACACAGAACUCACAACUUGUUACACAUCGGCAAAGUCACACAGGUGAGAGGCCAUUUCCAUGUUCUGAGUGUGAGAAAUGUUUUACACAGAAAUCACAACUUGUUACUCAUCAGCGAAGUCACACAGGUGAGAGGCCAUUUCCAUGUUCUGAGUGUGGGAAAUGUUUUACACGGAAAUCAAAUCUUGUUAAACAUCAGCAAAGUCACACAGGUGAGAUGCCAUUUCCAUGUUCUGAGUGUGGGAAAUGUUUUACACUGAAAUUAAAUCUUGUUACACAUCAGAAAAGUCACACAGGUGAGAGGCCGUUUCCAUGUUCUGAGUGUGGGAAAUGUUUUACAUGGAAAUCACAACUUGUUCCACAUCAGCGAAGUCACACAGGUGAGAGGCCAUUUCCAUGUUCUGAGUGUGGGAAAUGUUUUACACGGAAAUCAAAUCUUGUUAAACAUCAGCAAAGUCACACAGGUGAGAUGCCAUUUCCAUGUUCUGAGUGUGGGAAAUGUUUUACACUGAAAUUAAAUCUUGUUACACAUCAGAAAAGUCACCCAGGUGAGAAGCCAUUUUCUUGCUCUGAGUGUGGGAAAUGUUUUACACACAAAUCACAUCUUGUUAUACAUCAGCGAAGUCACACAGGUGAGAGGCCAUUUCCAUGUUCUGAGUGUGGGAAAUGUUUUGCAAACAAAUCAGCUCUUGUUAUACACCAGAGAAGUCACACAGGUGAGAAGUGGUUUUCUUGCUCUGGGUGCAGGAAAUGUUUUACACAGAAAUCAGAUCUUGUUAGACAUCAGCAAAGUCACACAGGUGAGAGGCCAUUUCCAUGUUCUGAGUGUGGAAAAUGUUUUUCACACAAAUCACAUCUUGUUAAACAUAACAGAAGUCACACAGGUGAGAAGCCAUUUACAUGUUCUGAGUGUGGGAAAUGUUUUACACGGAAAUCACAACUUGUUACACAUCAGCGAAGUCAUACAGGUGAGAGGCCAUUUCCAUGUUCUGAGUGUGGGAAAUGUUUUACACGGAAAUCACAACUUGUUACACAUCAGCGAAGUCACACAGGUGAGAGGCCAUUUCCAUGUUUUGAGUGUGGGAAAUGUUAUACACAAAAAUCAAAUCUUGUUAGACAUCAGCAAAGUCACACAGGUGAGAGGUCAUUUUCAUACUCUGAGAAAUAAAUCAGCUCUUGUUGCACACAGUAGACAUCACUCAGAUGAGGAACCAUUUUAAUCUUCUGAAGUAUACUCAUUGCCAUGCGUUGUUCUUCAAGUUUCUUAUCCUCUCUCCUAUGUUUUUGCAAUAUACAUGUUACCACUAGGUGAAAUAAUCAGAUGUCCUGCCAUCAUCUACCACUGCUAUGCAGAUGACCUGUCUUUUGCUCCAGGUACUGAGAACCCAGUCCCAAUCCUAAAUGGUUGUCUAGCUGAGCUCCAGGUGUGGGUGAUGCCAGUUGGCUGUGAUUCAGUCCUCGUGAAACAGGCAUUUAUGGUAGAAGCUCACCAACAAAGGGCAGGGCUACAGCUCAGCUUUGCAAACCAACCGGGCUUGGGGGUUCAGAGUUACAGAAUGCUGAUCAUUUGCGGAAUCUGGGUGUCCUGGAUGGUGGAGUGACACUUAAACAUCAGUAUCUGCCACAAUUAGAUCCUCAUCUGAGGAACAGAGCCAGACUCCAGCACGUAAUUCUCUCAGAAGAUCUACCUACAGUCAUACAUGUACUUGUAUCAUCACACAUAGACUACUGUAAUGUCCCCUACCUGGGUCUCCCAGCAAAAGAAUUGCACCGCUUGUAGCUUGUACAGAAUGCAGCAGCCAGGCUGUUACCUAACCAGACCGUUCCUGCCACAUAACACCCAUUCUCUGCUCCCUUCACCGGCUGCCUGUAAGAUGGUGACUAUUACAUAAUCUUACUGACUCAGCCCACCAUGACCAGGGUCCAUGGUACCAGAAGCAGCUUCUGCCUCCUUACUGCCCUGCUUUCUAACUUCCACCUGCAGAUGAAGGACUGUUACCAGCAGUACUAAGAAUCCUCAAGCAGUGCUGAGAUGUCAGAGGGGGAGACAGGGUGGUGGCACUAGUGCUCUAGUGGGGGCUGCCGGAGGCAAUGUCUGUGAGAAUCUUGUCCUCAAGCAGCACUGAGUUGUCAGAGGGGAGACAAGGUGGUGGCAGUAGUGGGGGAGACAGGGUGGUGGCAG